GUUGAAGUAUUAUGAGUUGAAGUACUGCUGUAUUCACGGGGGGCAACCGUUCAAGGCCAAAGGCAGAGGGAUUAGGAGUACUUCGUAAGCCAUAAUUAUACCUACUCAUGCAUGUAGCUAGUGCCUAGUGGUUGUCAUCGAUCGCAGGACUUUCAAGCAAGGCUGCCCUUUCUACAUUUCCUUGAGAGUGAACGUGGACGGUAAUGCACUUGAGGUGAAGAGUGUUUGCCAAGAACAUAAUCAUGAAGUCUCCAUGGCAAGUUAUUCCUGCUGCUCAGCUGCUCUGAGGCUUUAGUGGUCACAUCUGAGCUAGCUUCGGUUGCAAGUGAAGCUUCACACGUGCAUUUUCAGCGACGGCUUGAUCUUCUAGGGGAUUUAAUUUCACACUGGAAAAGUGCACAUGAAGUCACCAUCACUGAAGUGGUUACAGGUAUGUAACAAUGGUUGUGUGGCUCCUACAAUUCUGUGUGUCUUGAAUAUUUAUAGAUGAAGAAAGUGAGCUGGAGAAUGACAAGAGUGACGACGAUUUGUUCCUCUGUGGACUCUGAGAACCCCAGCAACCAUGCAUCUGACGAACAACCUGGACCCAGUGGUUUCUCCAGCAAGGAAAUCCCUCAGAACUGUGAUCCCUGUGAGGAUGACGAAGAAAGAACACUAGGGCUAACUGUGCCUCCACUAGUCAAGAAAAGAGGACGUCCAAAGGGGCAUGGGUUAACAACGAUUGGCCUUCCAGCUAAACGUGCUAGAAAAGAACUUCUACGUUACAAGAAGCCGUGCAGUUUUAGCAAACUGCACGUGUCUGAAAAAGAGAAAGUUAUAUUGUCAUGGUUUGUUGAUGAGAAAGUGGCAGAAAGAGCCCUGAAGCACAACGAUCUUAUAGAGGAGGAAGAUGUCGAAUGUAAGCCUGAGAGGUUGCCUGAUUCCGUUCUUGAUGAGAAUGUGGACAUUCACCUUGCCCGAAAACACUUUACAACUGAAGCUUGGAUGUUGGUUCAAGAGGUUUUCAAGCAUAAAUCUGUUCACAUGGCCUGGAUCUGUCAUUCUUGUCACCACAACCUCCAUUUUGAGCAAUCUAUUAUUUGUGAUUCAUGCUUACUUUGGUUUCAUUUCAAAUGUGUUGGAUUAGUGAGACAGCCUAAGUGUAAGAAUUGGUUUUGUAGGUCAUGCACUGCAAAAGCCAAGUAGCAGAUCUGCGUUUUGUGUAUAUCUCAUUUGUGUGCAGUUGUUUCACAUUGUAUUGUAUUAUGGAAA